AACUGGUGAAGGGAGGGCCCGCUUGGGCUCUUAAAGAGGUAGUGCGAGUGGCGGGGCGGCUGCUGCUGGUGCAAAAUGAGUGAAUCCCUUGUGGUCUGUGACGUUGCCGAAGACCUUGUGGAGAAGCUGAGGAAAUUCCGUUUCCGCAAAGAGACCAACAAUGCCGCCAUUAUCAUGAAGAUCGACAAGGAGAAGCAGCUGGUAGUUCUGGACGAAGAGCAUGAGGGUAUUUCUCCUGAUGAGCUGAAAGACGAGCUUCCUGAGAGGCAACCUCGAUUCAUCGUCUAUAGCUACAAGUUCCAGCACGACGAUGGGAGAGUCUCCUACCCCCUCUGCUUCAUCUUCUCCAGUCCUGUCGGAUGCAAGCCUGAACAGCAGAUGAUGUAUGCCGGCAGCAAAAAUAAGCUAGUCCAGACGGCCGAACUGACAAAGGUAUUUGAAAUAAGAAACACAGAAGACCUCACUGAAGAGUGGCUCCGGGAGAAGCUGGGCUACUUCCAUUGAAAGACGGAUUCGGCAUUCCGUCCUGGUGCGAACUGGAACCAGAUGCGAAUCCUUCGACCAUCAAAGACUGCACUGUACUUAUCGGUUGUUUCCUGCCGUGUGUGGUGCGUGCGUGUGUGUAUGUACAUAUAUAUUUUUGUGCGUGCAAAGUUUAUACGCCCUUCGGGGAGGAAACAUCUCUUCCUGCGUAACCAAACCUUGCCCCAGAGUUUUCCUUUCUUUGAAACUGUUUAAAAGGGAAGAACUCUUUUUCUGCAGGGACAACUUUUUUUUUUGCACUCUCGUGACUAAUAUUUCUAUACUAGCUAGAUCCAGAAUUUUGUAACUGUGUACAGGUCUAUGGGGCAGAGUUCCCUAAAGGAAUAUCUCCUGCACAAUCCCCACUAAAACAAACGGGUCCUUUGGCGCUAAUCCUGCUCUUUUCAGUUGGGUUUGUUCGGAGAGUGCUCCCACUAGAGCGUCUUCAAAGUCUGGAAAUUAAGAGUAACUCUGUCUUCUAAGCAGCAAAUGCAUCCCUUUUUUUGGACAGAUACUGCACACUAAGAUUUAUAUGUCUAAAUGAUGUUAAUCAAUUGUUUAAUUCUCUGGGCUUCAAGGAUAGAAUUACAAUGCUUCAGGAAGGCUGGGAUGUAUCCCGCCAGUUCGCUACGCUAACUGCAGUGAGGAAGAGUGUCGGAGGAAGGCUUCUUCUGUGCUCUGUUGUUAGCCCAGCCUUCCAGCAACAUUUUAAUUCUGCAAAGUCCUAAUCUUUUCCCGUUUUUUCAGGGCUUGACUUCUUUGGAAUUCCAGUGAUGAUCUCUGUUGAUCUGGAGUCCACGCCAUUCCAUCUUGGGUCGAAAAGUUUGGGCCUGCCUAUUUUUGUGUGUUUAGCAGAUAGCCUUUUUAGUCCGAUAGAAACUAACAUUUAAAAAAAAAAUCUUAAGGGCUCGGUAACAUCCUAGUCAUAUCCAUUCCAAAAGUCUUUCUAUGAAGGUUUCUUAAUUGUGUUCUUCUGCUUCCCGGUGUUUUUAUAUACAAGCACUUCUCGAUUUGUGUGCCUUUUUGUUUCCUUUUGGAUUUCUUGAAACGUUCAGUGGAUUGUAAGCGACUCUCUCGUUGCCGUUUGUCUACUAACUUGAUACAUGCCGCUUCCCUUUCCCCCCUACGUCAGCCACAAUUGGUGCAUUCCAUGUCUCAUGACAUCAAGAUUAAAACAGGGUCCUUCACUUGGCAUGCAACUCCAAUCUCGAUCUCCAUCUCUUAAUGUUUCGCAGGGUCCAAUGCAACCUUGUGCGGGGUUACACACCAGUCCAGAAUUCCAUUGUCUGACUCUGCUUGCUUGAAAGAAUAUUCUGAUGAAAAGAAAAACACCACCGUAAUUAUCUAACUGCUGACAGUUUUUACUCUCUUGUCAGAUAUUUCAAAUCAUUAGGAUUUAUAGCCACUUAUCAGUCUCUUCUCCAUAUGCAAGUCAUAAAACGUCACUUCCAAAUCCACAAUCCUAAAAGGAUCGCUUGUAUUGUUAUACUUCGGUAAAUACUAUUAGUCAGUCCAAUAAUAUAUCUCUUUUUUGUAGGAGAAAUUCCUCAUUCCAGACACCGUCCACUGACCACUGUCAGAGUUGGUGUAGUUUUGUGGCUAACGGUACCGUCCUAUGCAGAAAAAACCCAUUCUAAGCUCAUUGAUUUUUAGUGGUGUAAUGCUGCACAGAAUUGCACUAUUCCGAGUGUAAGCAGUUUUGAAGUGUUGUGGCCACGGCUCAGUGGUAUACACCACCAUAACUAUCUAAGCAAUUAGAUAGUUACGGUGGUAGUUUUCUUUUCAUCAGAGAAUUUGGGCUGUAACUCUCCCUUUUUGUGGUGCUUGAAAGAAUAUGGCUGCUGAAAUUUCACAAGCAAGACAUUUUUCCACCGGGGUGUAUGUGUCAUUGUGGGAUGGCGGGGAUUCAGAGCCCUGCGUAGCUGCUUGCCCCCUGGGCAUACUCUGUUUAACAAACAUGCCCUUUGGGCAUACCCUGUUUAACAAACAAACAUUCUUGUCACAUGCCUUGUAUUGCCUGGGCUGCAAACGUUAACCCUCUGUAAUAUGGUGUUGCACCCAGCCUCGCGUACCUAGGGUUUGGCAUCCUUGGGCUUUUUCGUGAUCCAUGCCCUGUUGCACUGCCGGGUUGCUUAAAGCGGCCCAUUUCUGUAUCCUCAGGGGCCUGUUGAGGUCGGUCUCUAGGGGUCUGCAGGCAGAAGAGUAUUUUUUCUUGAAUCCUCACCCCUUCCCACUGGUAAAGCCCUAAAUUAAAAUGGAUGCCAUAUAGCAGUGAUGAUAACCAGAUCAAGCUGUUCUGCAGACCAGCCCUGGCUUAGGGAUUUCCCAGUGACCAUCUCUAACUCGGCAGGCAAGUACAGUUGAGCCAAUAGAACUAAGGGAAAAUCUUUCCUUGUAGUUAAAUACCCCAUUGUUGCCCAGCAGGGCACAGUUAAGGGUCCUGGGCAUCUUCUUAUGGGGCCAUAACUGGGUUGUGUUUUUUGUGCUAGUACCCAUUUGCCUGAUCUUAUAAACUACAUUGGCUGCUGCUUAGGCACAACAGUUGGGCCAUUUGUGUAUGUAAUAGUACAGUUGGUACUAGAGAUGGGCACAAAUCGGGAAAAUGCCGGUUCGUUGCGGUUUUUUGAUUUGUUGCGUUUCAUGAACCACGAACUGGCCUGAAAUUGCCCGGUUCGUGAACCAGUUCAUUUGGUUUGUGAGUACAUCACUUCUGGGGCAGCAGAAGGUCUACUGAAAGCCCAUCUCCCAUUGCCUAAGAAAUUGAUUGAUCAGCCCCAGGCUGUCUGCAGUGACGAACCGGAAAACGAACCAAAUGAACCAGCCUAAAAAUCACCGCGGUUCGUCAGAAAUGCCCUCCGUCAAACCGCUGGUUCACAAACCAAAAAAAGGCCCAGUUCGUGACAAACUUUGGUUCGUAUUUCGGUCCAUGCCCACCUCUACUCGAUACCAAUAAUAAAACACAAUCUCCUCUCAAAAUUCUUUAAAACCCUCUUGGGGGGCUUUCUUGAGCUUUUUGUAAGUAACUUUUUAAUGCUGGAGUGAUGUCUGUUUCUCAAAGUAGGCCAUUAAAAAAAGAAACAAUCCACAAAGGACUGGAUCCCGAGGCUGUGUUCUGCUAACUGCCUUUUGUAUCAAAGGAAGGUUCCGUGUCAUUAGAGGGACAGAACAGCAUUUCUGCCAAACAAAUGACAAUUUUCUUGUAUAAUCAGAAAUUACAUUCUAGCCUUGGAACUUUAUUCUUGUUUGUGCAGAACUGCCUGUCAUAAUGUGGUUGACAUGCACAAUGGCUAUUUCUUUCCUCCCAAACACAUUUUGUUAGGGAAGGAGUGAGACAUGCAAGAUUCCGGGAAGAAAAUCAUACCUUUUGAUAACCAAGGGCCAAGCUACAAGUGACGAAUGACACUUAAACGGCAAGUGUAUUUCUCCCUGUUCACUUGCCCUCCACUCAAUCCACUUGCCGUUCAAGUGUCAUUCGUCAUGUGUAGCUUGGCCCCAAGUUAAUGAAACUCUUUGUGGGGAAAAGGAGGGGAGCUUUUAAAUAUAUCCUUAGAGCAUAGAUUUCCUAGCCACACAUUAACCCAGUGCAAAAUGGCAAAAAGUAAUAAGCAAGGGUUUAGGAAGUGGGCAGGGCAGUUGAAAAGGCCUUGGCUUGGCAUCAGUGAUACACAGGUGGAAAUGGAAACAGUCUUAAUGCAGUUUUAUCUUUUUAUAUUAAUGCAGUUUUAUCUUUAAUGCAGAUUUUCUUCCUUAUAGUGCCCAGAAACUGGUUGUGCAUGACCUUGAGUAGCAGAAAAAGGUUCAGGAUUCUUGGCGUUUAACUUGGUGCAAGAGGCUAGCAUGAGAGAUUUUUUUUCCACACUUCUACUCCUCAGGGAUACAGGAACAUGUGGAAAAAUUUUCUGGUGGAAAUUUUUUCCCCCAAGCCAUUGUAUAAAAAGUGCUUGUUGCCUUGGACAUUUAGAUCACCACUCAGCCACAAAGCUUACGGAUUUAUUUUUUUUGGAGGGGACAGUCUCUCUGUUCCUGCCUAAACUACCUCACGGAGUUGUUGUGAGGAUAGAUGAAGCCACAUACCCCACUCUUCCUUCUGAGGAGGAAAGGAUUUUUAAAAAAUUGUUAUUAAACACUUGGAGAACAAAAAGUUGAAAUGUGGGUGAAGAGGGGAGAAGAAAUGAAGGAGGGCUUCAUUUCCUUGUGGAGGGCCUCAAAACCUCUGAGGGAAGAACAGGGAGUGUUCAGUAGGAACAGCUUCUGCAUAAGUCCCUUCAAAACUUCCUGGGAUUUUGUCCGAGAUCGUGUGCCUCUGGGUGUCUUCACCCAAGGGAGAUGUUUCUCACAUGCUGUGACUGGAGGUUUCGUACCACCAUGCUGCACCCACACAGUAGAACAUCUCUUCAAGUGAGGCGGUUUGGAGGAACCAUUCUUAACACUUAGUUUUGUGUUCAUUUGUGUGUUACACAGCUAUGGGGUGAAGGAAACAAGUUAUUGAAUUAUUCUGGCAAGAUGGGAAGCUCUUGGGUUUCCUUUUCGGUGCCAGGAUCGUAAGGCUGUCCUCUCUUUGGGUAGAAAUUGGCAGAAUCUGAGAUUGCUGGGAAGGGGUGUGUGGGACGGACAGACGGAAGGAAGGAAGUGUGUCAGGUUGAGCGCAAGGACAUGUCUUGCAGCUGAGGGCUGUUGAGUCUUAGAAUCAUAGAAUCAGAGUUGGAAGGGACCUCCAGGGUCAUCUAGUCCAACCCCCGGCACAAUGCAGGAAAUUCACAACUACCUCCCCUCCUCACACACACCCAGUGACCCCUGCUCCAUGCCCAGAAGAUGGCAAAACACCAUCAGGAUCCCUAGCCAAACUGGCCUGGGGAAAAUUGUUUCCUGACCCUCAAAGUCGGCAUUACCCUGGGCAUGUAAGAUGGGACCACGAGAACUAAGCACUGAUGUAGCCCUUCCUGCCCUCCCUCUCACGAUCUGCCCAGGUUCACAGAAUCAGCAUUGCUGUCAGGUGGCCACCUAGCCUCUGCUUAAAAACCUCCAAAGGAGGAGAGCCCACCACCUCCCGAGGAAGCCUGUCCCACUGAGGGACCGCUCUGUCAGGAAGUUCUUCCUAAUGUUUAGCCGAAAACUCUUCUGAUUGAAUUUCAAUCCGUUGGUCUGGUCUGACCUUCUGGGGCAGUGGAAAACAACACGUCAUCCUCUAUAUGGCAGCCUUUCAAGUACUUGAAGAUGGUUAUCAUAUCACCUCUCGAGUCGUCUCCAGGCUAAACAUACCGAGCUCCUCACUCAGCGUGUUGUUUAAGCCUUGUGCUUAACCAUUGGGCACUCCCUCAGUCCCAGGUUCAGUCCCCACCAUCUCACGCUGUCCCUUUAACCACUUUUACAUCACCACUGUAGACCUACUGCCAGUUUGAGUAGACAGUACUGACUUUUGAUAGACUGAAGAUCUGAUUUCAGUGUAAACCAGUGUCCAUGUGUCCGUGUGAUCUCCCUGGCGGCCUUAACCAUGGUUUUAAGCAAAAGUUGUGACAAGGAUGUGAACAGUAAUUAAGAUUCAUUGGAGUCCCCACUUAAUUCGGGUUUAGAAUACAAGUUAAGGUGAUGUUCCUUCCCCCCCACCCCCCAAAUAUCCUGGCCUGGAAAGAACAAUUGUCAAAUAAUUUUCAGUUAGAGGUAACAACUUAAUACGAUGUAGUAAUUGGUUUAAGCCAAAUCCAAAUUAUAAACAAAAAGUUUCUGAAGUAAUUUUUGAACGUGUUAACAAGCGUAAUAAAAUCCAAGCAUUAAAGAGGCAGCUUUACAAUUGGGUGGUUAAUGUUUUUAGAAGUCGUGCUCACGCUCGUUUCCUUGCUUAAAAUCAGUAGGGCUGGAAACCUUCCAGAUAGGUGCAGGGGAGUUACCUGUGUUAGUCUGUAGUUGCAAAAUAGUAAAAAGUCCAGUAGCACCUUUAAGACUAACCAACUUUA